AUGAAUAUCUUUCGGCUUUUAGGAGAUAUGUCGCACCUGCUAGCGAUUGUUUUGUUAUUGUUAAAGAUGUGGAAAACUCGGUCUUGUGCAGGUAUCUCUGGGAGGAGCCAGGUCUUGUUUGCUUUAGUGUUUUUAACCCGGUACCUGGACCUGUUCUCCACUUUCGUCUCCUUGUACAACUCGGUGAUGAAGGUCUUCUUCAUUUCCAGCUCCUUGUUCACCGUAUACCUCAUUUAUUUAAAGUUCCGUGCCACGUAUGACUCUAGCCAUGACACGUUCCGUGUGGAGUUCCUGGUGAUACCUGUUGCUGUGCUGGCACUGUUUGUGAACCAUGAGUUUGGCGUCCUUGAGAUUCUGUGGACGUUUUCUAUCUACCUGGAGUCUUUAGCCAUUCUACCUCAGCUGUUUAUGAUGAGCAAGACUGGUGAAGCAGAGACAAUUACAUCACACUACCUGUUUGCGUUAGGAAUGUAUCGUGCCUUGUACAUCUUGAAUUGGAUAUACCGCUAUUAUUUUGAAGGCUUCUUUGACUUGAUAGCGGUUGUUGCUGGAUGCGUCCAGACAAUCCUUUACUGUGACUUCUUUUAUUUGUAUGUCAUGAAAGUGCUGAAAGGGAGGAAGUUCAGCUUACCGGCAUAA